ACUCAACUCACCAACGAACAAUCAUGGCGACAUCAUUCGUGCCAUCGAUUCUACGCCCUGACUACACGUGGCCUUGUCGGACUCCUUUCACUGUCUCCCCAAUCACACCUCCAGUACCUCGUGUGUCUUGGAAACCCAUCAGAGUAGCAUGGGGCCUCGUGCAUAGAGCGUUACGUUACUUCUCCCAGUGGUACUGCCACUGGUUCGGGAUCCGUUUCGACUACAACAUCAUCCCACUACCUUUCGGUCUUUUGAUAAAAUGGACAGAUCGCAGCAGCGUCGAGGAGGCCAUUGCCACACAAAUGGCAAGAGCCGCUGGAAUGCCCGUGCCUAAAGUUCUAAACUACGGAGAACAGCUUUACCCCGAAUUCAACCGAAAAGUUUCCAUUCUGAUGACUCGACUCCCGGGGAUCGACUUGAAUAACUGGGAAGAUAAGGAAUAUGAUCCUGAGAGCGAGGAGCCGUGGCUACAGGAGUUGAAGGCAUGCGUGCAGACCAUGCGCUUGUGGAAACCCCCUUCCUCACGCCAAAACUGGCCACGCGUUCCUCAUCAUAUCAUGGGACCAUUCACAGAUCAGACGCAGUUGCACGACUUCCUGUUGUCCACAGCCUCAAAUCAUACUUUCAAAUCACAGGCUGAGUUUGAGAAAGUCCUGACCACGGCGAAGAAAUUGGAUCAACGAAAGUAUAGAAUGGUUUUCAGUCAAGGUGACUUGAAAGCCCAUAAUAUUCUUGUUGGUGAUGAUGGUCAUCUGACUGGGUUUCUCGACUGGGAGUCUGCGGGCUGGUAUCCGGAAUACUGGGAGUUUACUACGGCUAUGCGGUUUGGGAGGAAUAGCUGGUGGUUCAGGGCAGUUUCUUGGAUUGGAGGUUCCGAAUAUCUUGAGGAACUGGACUACGAUCGUGCUGUAAACAACCUGACGGUGGAUUCUUAUGCCUUUUUCUAGAACAACAGGGUGCUUAAUUUCCAAGGCGCCUGUUCGUCAGCUUGCCUUUCGGUGCAUUAUUGAUUUGCAUCCUCGAAGAUUUUUCCUGGACACUAGUGUGCCUGACCGUGCC